AUGUCUACACUCUAUUAAAAGAAGAACUCUAAUAUCUAAGUUAACUAUCAACCAGGUAGCCAAAAUAAUUAGGACAAUUAGAAAGAUCUAUAGGCUCUAGGAAUAAAGAAAUAAAAAACUGACGAUAGAAAUUAAAGGCAGUAACAACAGUAGCAGCAGGCAGAGUCAAGUUAGGAAGAGUCAGAUGAGGAAGAAGAAGAAAGCGACGAAGAAGAUGACGAUGAAGAAGGUGAGGACAGCAAGCCAUAGGUCUCAUAGCCUUAAUAACCAUAGCAAAGAAUAAGUUCUCACAGAGCAAGGGAAGAAAUCAAGUCAACCGCUCCACCAAUGAGAAUUCCUCAUGGAAAGCUCAGCAGUAACGAUCUCAACCUUUGUUAUACCGAUAGAUUAGGAGCACCUGGAAGAUCAUAACUCGCCUAUCUAGGUCAAAAUACAAGACCCUAAGCCUGGAUUAAUUAAAAGAACCUUUAAAUAAAGUUUCUGGAAUCAGAGAAUUCUAAUUUAAAGAGACAGAUUUAGGACUAAGACCAGAAUUUGAGAAUCAAUAAGGAUAUGCUCUCAAUAAUAUUAGGUGACCUACCAGAGAGAGAGAAACAGCUUUUAGAGAAGAUGAAUUAAGAAAACUAGAACCUUAUUGAACUGAAGAAAUAAGUACAAAAAGAGCAUGAUGAUAUUGCUGCUAAUUUAUUUAUUCAACAGCAGAUUAUAGAAGACUUAAAAUCAAAAGAAGAUGAAUAGAAUAACUUAAAUGAAGAGAAUAUUAAGAACCUUCAGGACAAAUUAGAGAAAAAAGAGUAUGCAUUAUAAGUGUGUGAGUUAAAGAUCUAUCACUAUGAGAAGUAUUUAUAAAGAAAAGCCCUAACUGAAACAGAAGGAAGGUCAUUACUGUUCAAAUUUUAAUAAGAUGACCCAAAAGAGGCGCCUGUUAAGAUAAGUAAUGUAGUAGAAGAUAAUAUGAACUUGAAACAGGAAUUAAAGGAAGCAUUUUAGGAGGUAAAUAGACUCUAAAAAUAGACAUAGGAAUUGAGUGAAAGGAUAAUAGAUUUGGAGGAUUAACUAAAAUAAGCCAAAGAAAACACAACAUCAGUUCCAAAUAGCAAACCAACAGAAGACUAAGAAAUGAGUAUUUUUGAUUAGACGAACGUUUCAAGUGCUAAUUUUGAUUAAGAUAUAAAUCUAGAUAAACUAAAGAGAAUGGAGAAAUACUUUCCCUAAGAAUACUAGAAUAGGCUUGAAUUACUUUUGGUUGACAUGGAGAAGUAAUUAAAAGCUUCAAAAAAAGAAAGAAAGUUCUUAAAGAAUGAGAAUAUUAUACUUAAAGAAAGCAAUGACUCUAACUAGUACGUGAUUUAACAACUUAAUUUGGCUUUGAACAAAGCCACUAGCAGAAUAAAAGCCCUUGAAGAUAAAAUGGGAGAGCAUGAUAUAAUAUUGGCUUAGUAAUAGCAGAUAAUCGCGGAUACUUAGAUAACAAAUAUUCAACCUUAAACCAAACAAAACUACAACUCAGCUUAAGUUACUGGCACUGGAAUUAAAUAGCAAUUCACACUUCCAGAUGGUAAUAUCAUGUAUUUAGAUGAGUUUGAUCAAAAGGUUUUGGAGUAACUGGCUAAAAAGCAAAAAUUAAUUGUUGAUGAAGUUGGUAACCUAGAUCCUGAUCAAUUCGGCAAUCUAUCAAGUAUCAUGAUUAAUCCUAAUGAAAUCUCAAAUGCUAUAUAUGCUUCAAAUGUGUUAACCUAAUCCAGGGGAGGUCACCCCUCAAAUUUUAACUUUGCCAAAGAAAUGGAAAUGGAAGAAAAGCAAAAUAGGUAAAGCUUGCUCUGA